AUGCGCCGUCGCGUGUAUGCGCCGUGUAUGCAGACGCCGCUUUCUUUUGCGCCGAGUCCGUUUGCGCCAAAUCGCUUUGGGUUGUUAUUUCAAACUUUUAUUUUUUCGCUCUUUUCUAUCAUUUUUUGUUGAUUGUGUAGUACAUAUUCAUAUACAACUCUAAUAAUUUUCGCGCCAUCUGUUAAUAUGGACUUUUCUGCCGCAUUUUCGAAAAAACUCGAACUAUUGUUCCAAGAAAAUGAGUUCAACGUUACGAAAAACGAUUUUCUGCUGUUUCACGUCUGCUAGAAUUGAAACUUUGCCUUACCUAACGCAGAAAAUUUGCAAUCACAAAAAAAAUUCACUCAAUAUGUCGUUUAAAGCAAUAAUUUUUUUUUAUCCAUUCUCUUUUCCUUACGUUUUCUGUAUUUUUCGAAAUCAGAAAAGCAUAUUUGCUUUUUUAUUUUUACUUUGAAAAGAAAAAAGGGGAAAAAAUAUUUUACCUGGACCAAAGUGGACCUAAAACUCAUCAUUAACGGAUGGCGCGAAAAUUAUUCGAGUCGUAUAUGAAUGUGCAGUAAACAAUUAUUAAAAAAUAAUAUAAAAAGAGCGAAUAAAUAAAAGUUUGAAAUAACGGCCCAAAACGAUUUGGCGCAAACGGACUCGGCGCAAAAGAAAGCGGCGUCUGCAUACACGGCGCAUACACGCGACGGCGCAUUGCGGGCUGGCGCUCAAUUUGAACGGCGCUCUUGGAAUCGGCGCUUUUGUCCUAUACUCACACUUUUUAGGAAUAGCACACUUUUUGCACUUUUCACAGCAUUAUAAAAAAAAUCGAUAAAAUAAAAAUGCAGUCAUUCACUGAAGUCUUAAUAGAAGUGAUAUUAAACUUACCAGAGUGAAAAAUGUGAAAAGAAAAUUGUAAUGAAACGUUUCUCCUAAAAUACCGUUAAAUAAACUCUGCUUAUUUUUCGAAGUCAGAAAAAAAAACGAAGAAAACAGGAAGAAGUUGCUUGAGAGCUGUUGGGAAACGAAACGAGCGGCAUUUGGCGUAGAAACAGAUCCUGAACGGACACAGGCCAUUCGCCGCGUCACGCAUCGAUCCGCGGCUCUUUUGUCUUCACGUCCAUUUGUCGUCCUUGCCCGAAUCAACGUCUUUGUCCACGGUAAAAGGUUUUUUCCCGAGUACACGCAGUCUACGGAACGCUUUAAUUUGAUUUUGAGGUCAAUCAAAUUAAAAAUUCAUUUGAGAUGUUUUUCAUUUUUUUAUAAAGCUACUUUCAUUGAAAAAAAGAAAAACGUCCAUCAUUUAAAUGUUGAUAAAAAGACUCAAAUGUUUUUCUCAAAAAAAUCGAAAACAUGAAAUAAUGUGGAAAAACGCAAAAACCCAUGAAAGAGCAUCAUAAAAUUCUAAAAUAAUCGCCCUCGAACCCAUAAGGUCUCCUCAUCGCCAGCUGGGGACAAAAAGUAUUACGGAGAGUUAUAAACUUUUUUCGUGUACUAAUUCGCGCAUCGUGUAGAAAUAUCGUCAAAAAUUUUCUCAUUCCGGUGGUGAUUAAACUGCAAUGUGUUAUUUAAUUUCAGCCAUCUGGCAGUACUGUAGACGAAUAAGUGAACCAGAAACAAAAGCAAAAUAAUUUUUUUUCAAAGAUAUUCUCCAAAAAAAUUCUUGUUUUAUUCGUAAUCAUGGAAAAAAAGCUAAAACUAUAUAUUUUUCUUGAAAAAUUGAGAUUCAUGACUCCUGAUAAAAUUUUUUUGCUAAUUUGAUGUUAUUUGGAAUUAUGACUUGUAUAGUUUAAACUUUUUCUGAAAAAAAUUUUAUAGAGAACUUUUUCCAAACUUCUUCAAACUCAGAGAGAGACUUUGACUGUAGAAAAAAAGCUGGAAACUUUAAUAAACGGUUUGUGUGGAGCGCAAUGUCAAAUAAUAAGAGUUGUUUCAUGGUUUUUACAAGUCAAAAAAAAAAUUUCGCGGCUCGAUCCAUUGUUGAGUUUGUGAAAAAAAAAACAUUCACUGAGACUUUUGAGCAUCCUUUUUUUGUUCACAAAAUCUUUUUUUAACCAAUAACCACCACAAAAUAUUCCCUCACAUUAACGGCAAAUUGUCUUGAACGACCUAAAAACGUAAAAUUCACGAGAGAAAAGCCAAAACGCAGGAGCUUGACCUUGGCAGCGGGGUGGCUGUCUGACCGCUUUUGCAACUGCCCUCUGUUUUUAUUUAAUCAGCCAUACGAAAAGCCUCGUUUUUCUGUCUGCUUGCCAGCCGGAUGAAAGAAAUACGUGAGAGGGAUGGGAGGACGCCGUAGAAUACACUAGGCAUCGAUUUGCUUUGGGAUUGCUCAUCGUGCCCUUGCGCGUUCAUUAGAAAAGAGACAACGGAAAUGACGACAGGAUUCUGCCUUGAAUAGAAUUUCGAAUAAUAACUUUCCCUGACCACCUUGUUUUUUUGAGAAGCCAAAAUAUCAAAAAAAUGUAUUUAUGAAAAACAAAAAAAUUGAAGUAUUGCAUCAUUCAUUAAACAAUGACCUACACAAUAAAAAAAUAACAGUUUUUUUCAAGCAAGAUUACGUGUUCUUUGUACCGGCCUCACAGAACUAUUUUUUACUCGGCCACAAGUUAUUCCGGAUGAAUUGAAUGCAUUUAUAGCCUGUCAAAACUCCAAAAUCUCAAAAACUUGAAAAAUCCUAGUGCAUAAAUUUUCAGGCUUCUUUCAGAAUAAUUUUUUCUCACGGUUCCCAUCAAAAAUUCAGUUAGCGGUCAAGCAAACAGCGUAAAAAUGUCAUCUUCGACAAUUUUUUUAAUUUUUUUCGAUUCGCUGCUACUUUGCUUUUCAAAAGAAAAAAAGUGAAACAUUUUUGUACAGUUUAAUGCUAAUAGUGCCCUAAUCGUGAAUACAUAUAUUUUUUCCCGUUAUCGAUGUAUUAAUUUUGUUAACUGUGAUUUUGCAAAGAGGUCAUAGUGGAGAACAGUUUGAUUCAAGAAGUGGUUUUUAUCCUUCGCUCAAUUAGAAAAUGUUCGGUUAUCCCCCGCAGAAACAUGAAUUACUUGUCCUUUUUCCAAAACUUCUCUGCAAAUGCUGUUCUUCUCGCGUUUUUUUUUUCUUGUCGUCAUAUAAAGGUUAUCGUUGCCCCAUCUUUUCUCCUUUCUAACAUUUCUAUCGUAAGAUCGACAUUUUGGUAAUUAAAGGUUGCGAUGGGGGACAUGGGAACGCUUUAAUACGAGCGGUACACAGACGUCAGGACGAGCUUUCGUGUUGACCGCCGAGGUCCUCUGACAGAUCGCCAGCCUCAGGUCAGUCAAGUGCAUCGUUUAUGACGGAUUGCCACCUUCUGUGCUUUACGUAGUGAUAUUUGUCUGAAACACUUCCAACCUUCAGAAUCUGGAAACUUAAUUUUUUUUUAUGUUUUGGUAAAAAGAAAAAAGCUCUAGUUUGAGAAAUAUUCAAAUUUUUUUGAGUAAGUGGCAUUCAAUAAUUAUCCCCGUAAAGUUGACACAGCAUUCAAAAGGCUCAUUAGAAGAUUAGCAUUCACUGUGUGAAGAAAAGAUAGUUUGAACGUUUUCGAACAUUUUAUGUGCAAAAAAUAGUCUGUUUCAAUGUUUCAAAAAGGAGGUUCUGAACAGACAACUUUUUUUUAAUAAAGAUUUUUUUGAUAUAAAGUUCUCAUUUCAUCGAUUUAUUCAAAAAAAUUCAAUAUAUAUAUGCAUUUGAAUAGACAUUCUAAAUUUCAGUCAAACAGAGUCAUUUUUACUUUUUCUCAUCUCACCGAAAAAAACCUCUUAAAAAAAUUAAUAAGAAACUUUAAAUAAAACUAACAGUAACCCUUUGAAAACGUGGCGCAAUAUUACAAAAAGAGGUAUUGCAAAAGUUGCAACAAAAAGGCUCACGAGACACGUUUUGUUACAAUAGUUGGAAGGAUAAAGGCUCGCGGAUAAGGCCUUUCUGAGAACUGGCGCAACAUUACAAAAAGGAAACAGAGAAAUGGCAAAAGUUACGAACAAAAAGGCUCGAAAGGCACAACCCUUUGCAAUAGUUGGAAGGAUAAAGGUUUGCGGAGGCUGCGUGGACGCGAAGUGGACAACAGGAGACAAAGAGCGUUCGGUUGCUCGAUGUAAAGUUUUCACGCGACGUCCCUCCUUGGCCCUUUCCUCAUUUUGACACAAGUUAGGCGUUUCUUUUGGUCUUGAAACCACCUUUUCCCUUUUAGAACUUUUCGAAACGACUACUUUGACUAGGAAGCCUCUCGCAGCUAUUAAUCAUGGUAGACUAAUGAAACAACUCAAAGAAGAGCCUGUUCAAAAACAUGAGCUGCCAAAAAAGUUGUUCAGAAGUUCACCAAAACAAAGAUUGAAAAUGCUUUUUCUAAGACUAUCAAUUCUGGUGACAACUAUUCUGCGAGAUAUUCUCAUUGACUGAGUUAGAAAAAACAGUUUUUGCUGAAAAAUUCAAGGAGAACUAAUUUGAAAGCCUUCUGAUUCUUUCGGAUUUUCUUAGUACCCUAUGGAUCUGAGCAGACUGUUUUUUUCAAACACUCUUUCCUGGUUUCUCUAUCCUGAAAAUUGAUUCCUCCUCCUAUUUCGGCUAUGCGUGGUUUUUUUGAGAAUGAAUUAAAUUUGAGUUGUAUAGUUUUCUCCAGCAUUUUAUGCUUUCGACUUUUUUAUAACUUUGUUUCGACCCGACUGAAAAAGAAAUCAUACAACUGAUACGUAAUUUCAGAUCAAAUGCAGCUGUUGGACUACUCCGUAUUGAUCUCCUUGUUGGUCGGCAUCAGCGUCUAUGGAAUAGUCAAAUCACGCCUGACAUCUCAAGAAAAUGGAUCAAGAUCGCUUUUAGUAGGCUCCGGGUAAGAAAAUACAGAAGAAACGAGAAUUACAAGUUACUACAGUGCGUCAACCUUCUCCGUUGCCUUGUCGGUCUGCUCAGGCUUCAUAUCCUCUAUUUCGUUGCUCGGGUUUCCUGCAGAGGUGAGUGAAAAUCUCAUUUAUUGAUAACGAAGGCAAAAAAAUGUCGGCACGCUCAAAUAAGGUUAUCUGUAGUCUUCGGAUAACAUCAGAAGUUCGGCGGAACACUUUCUGGUAAAUUUAAUGAUAGUCAUGAACUUUUCAACCAAGGAUUCUUUUGAAGAUAAAAAAAACUUGAACAUUGAGUAGAUAAUGAUCGUCAGAACAUUCACCUAGCACACCAAAGAGUGUUUUGUGAAGUUCUUAUAAAAUCCCCUCUAGGACUAAAGUUUAUCUUUCAAUUCACUCAAAGACACCGCAAAGGACUAGACAUAAAAUACUCAACAAAAAGUUUUGAAAAACUUUUAAAAAAUCAAAUUUUGUCGUUAUAAACCCUUUGUGCAUUAGUAAAACAUUUUUUAUGUACAAAAUUUAAACUCAGGUGUACUCACAAGGAGGUAUGAUCCUUUGGUUCGCUCCGAUGUACGCUUUGUCAUUUCCAAUCGUUGCCUACAUUUUCCUCCCGGUUUUUUAUAAUCUCAAGCUACCGACUAUAUACCAGGUUUCCUUUUUUUUUCCAUUGUAACAACAACUUAAUGAUGAAACUACAGUAUUUUGAGCGCCGUUUCAACUAUGAAUGCAGACUUGCUGCCACAGUUUUGUUUUGUAUACAAGUGAGAAUUUUGCAAAAAGUGUUACCAAUAAACUAAAUUCAAAGAUCCUCCUCUACAAUUCGGUCGCUUUGUAUGCUCCAUCCCUGGCCAUUUCUUCAAUAAUCAAAAUUCCACUGGUUCUUUCCAUAUUUGUAACAGCAGCUCUAUCCGCCCUUUACAUUGGAAUCGUGAGUCUUUCAGAUUUAAACAGCCCACAAAUCUUAUGACUGACUUUGAUUAAUCGACUUUGAAAGCAUUAAAGGGAGGAGCAAAAGCGGCAAUCCACACAUCAGCCCUUCAAAUGGGACUUAUUUUCGUUGCGCUUUGUUUCAUCAUAACGGCGGGCUUACGGGAAACUUCUUUGGCCGAGGUUUUAGAAACGGCCCACGCAGGAAAACGUCUAAUCCUGGACGAGUGAGCAUCAGCCGUUUCGAAAGUAUACCAUCUCUUUUGAGCUUCCGAAUUGAUCCAACAAUUCGUCAUUCGGCAUGGACUCUGGUUCUCGGAGGAGCCGGCAAUAUUCUGAGUCUCUUUGCUGCAAAUCAGUUGAGCAUACAGCGAUAUAUGGCGAUGGAUAGCCUCAAAAGUGCUCAAAGGUUUGAAAGCCCAAAAAGGAAAAAUUUCAAGAAUAUCAGGAGAAUUUAGUGGGUUCUGUAAACCAGAAAAGAAUGGAGUUCAUCGAGUUUGGAAUUCAGUCUUUGGAGCCCACGAAAAACAAAAUUAAGUUUGCUGGGAGAAAAAAGCUCCGAAAUUGUAUGAAAAAGCUUGAGAUCCUGUUGGAUUAUUACCUUUGCUCAAUUUCUUCGAUUUUUGAGGUUGCAGGCCAGGGAUUUUGAAAAAACUUCAUGAAAAUUCGGUAAAAUCUGGACAUUUCCUGCACAAACUCUAAGUGAUUUUAUAAGUGACUUACGGUCUCCGACAUGUAACUUUUUUGAAGUGGACUACUAUCCCCUAAGUCUGUCAUUACCGACUUCUCGAUCUCUCAGUCAAUGUACAGUUCUAGCAAUUCAAUCUCUUUUUGGACUGAACUCAUACCAAAAAAAAAUUUAAAAGUUGAGAUCAAAAAAUUUUUAUAAAUUUUCGAAUAUUUCUGAAACUAAGAACAAAAGUGAGAGAUCCUCUUUCAGAGUGGUCAUGUUGAACAUCUUGUGUAACACAUUGAUCCUCGUUCUUUAUGUUCUGCUCGGGCUGAUAAUCUUUUCUUAUUACAAAGGAUGUUACCCAGCAAACCUGAAUCCAAAUGAGGUAUCAACGGUGUGCUUAAUAAUUGAACAAUUUUUCAAGCUUCUCCCUCAAUUCGUUAUCGACAAUGUUUCUUCUAUUCCGGGCUCGGUUGGUCUGUUUGCGGCAGCCGUUUACAGUGGUGGAAUAAGGUUGAUUUCUACUCUCAAAAACAAGACCUGACUUUUUAAAGCUUCAAGACCAGCCUAUACAAUCUUAGCCAUUUUUACAGCACCUUAUCGGCGUCUUUCAACGCUCUGUCUUCAAUCAUUAUCAACGACGUUCUGAAAGUCUACCGUGAACGCACAGGAAAACCGCCACUCAGCGAAGAAACCAUUGCCAAAGCGUCAAAACUAACUCGUUUUCCAUCUUUGUUUGCUCUGGUUCAAGCUGGAUUUUCAGCGAUUCUGAUCGCCGUCGUUUCGAUCAUUUUAGCUAUAUCCUGCAGCUUUCUGCAAAGCAUCAUUCUUCAGGUCAACACAAUUUACACGCUGACCAGACUCUUUUUAAAAAAUCGAGAAAUCACAUUUACAUGAAAUGCAAUUAAAAUCAAGUCUUUCUCAAUUUGGUACGAUCUUAAGUCAUAAUUUUCGUCAUGGUAAUUCGGAGUCUCAGCUAAAAAUGUCACAGAAACGCUUAAGAAAAACUGUAAUUGAAAAAUGAUAAUUCAGCUCGAAGUUGCAGAUGGCGUUCAUAGUGUUUGGAGCUGGUGGUGGACCUGUUCUAGGGUCCUUCAUUGUCGGCUUCUUUACGAGAUUCGUCAAAGGACGCGCCGCCUUCUCUGGUCUCAUCACGUCCAUCGCGAUUUGCUUCAGUUUCGCCAUCGGAGCCGUCCUUCUCAAAGUGAGCGAUUCUUCUUUUCUGGAAAAAUUUGGUUAUUGGAAAAAAUCGCGCUGAAAAAAUUUCAAAAAAAACUCAUUGCUUACAAGGUAGGCCGUUAGGCUGUGAUGUCAAAAAACUUCAUCAAAGUUCGCAUUAAUGAAUGUCUAAGAAACUCGUCAUAACUGAUUACUUCACUUCAGAGUUUUGGAAUUCGUUUUUGCCACGCCAACAUCGCAUUAAACUCGAGCUUAAAAAUUUCCCCCUUUUUUUAUUUAUUGACUCUCGCUUAUUGUUUAAAAAAUAAAAGAAAUUUCCAAGUUUCACAAAACUGAGAAUAAAAAAAAACGUUUGGCGUGUUGGGUAAAAACUAAAAAGAAAGCUCAAUUCGUUUUUUUUUUUCUUGGAGAGCUACAUCUCUUUCCUAGACGUUUCAUGAGGACCUUAUGACUUGAAUACAUUUUGUAAUCCGAUACAAAAGAGCUCUUUCCAUUAUAUUGUAGGCAGAAUUUGCUGGAAAUCACAUUUGUAUCCAUUUUUCCGGGAAUGACUUCAAGGCUCAAAAGAAUACAAAAGCUCGUGCUUUUUAUAUUUCAUUUCAAAGGUUUCUCAAAAGUCUGAUAAUUUUAUCACAUAUCGGUGCGGUCACGUCAAAAAGAGAAAAAAGCAAAAUUAUAAAAAAAAGAGUGCGCAGAUAAUAGAUUGUGUUGAGACUUGGUUAAAAAAUAGAAUAAAUCAAAUAAAUAUUUCAGUCGAAACCUGUUCCGCUCCCGAGCUACGAGCACUGUUUCAACUCCAAUGCCGAAGAUUUCGAUGAGAGAUCAUUCGGACGUGUUGUUCUUACCCAGUUGUGCGUGAAAAAUCAAAAUUAGUAUUCGGUUGAGAGUUUCAGGCCUUUCGGAUUGGAAUCCAUCUUUUCCAUCUCGUACCAAUACUACAGCGUUAUUGGAGUUGUUACAAAUGUCAUCACUUCAAUUGUUGUUCAAUUGGUGUCGGGUCAGCUUCUCUUGUCAAGCUCACGAAGAUUUUUUGUAUGAUAGUUUUCGGUUGAGAAAUUGAUAAAUUUUCACGAAAAUUCACUUUGAAGUUUUUCAAUUUCAGAUCACGAAUUUUUCUGCACUUUUGCUUUUCAGUCCAGAUUUUCAGCCUCAAAAUCAAUGUAACGAUAAAAAAUUUCUAGCGCUUUCAAAAGCUCUCCCACAAAGCAAAAGGGGAUCAAUUAUUUCUAAAUAGGCGUUCUAGCAACCUCAUUCUGCAAAUUUUCAAGCUCUCACCUGGUUACCGAAAAAAUUAUUUUUCAUUCAAACUUAGGGUAAAAUGUUGACGAUGGGUCACCCUCUGUGCCGUCCAUUUUUGAGACCCGAAACGGCCGCACUAUAUAAUAUCUUUAUUUAUAAAUUUAUUUCCACUGACAAAUUUCAAAAAAAUUUUUUUUGAUAACCUUACCACAACAUUGAUUUUUUCACAUUAAAUUUUCACCCUUCUCACUGUUAUAAUGCUCUGAAUUAUUUAAUAUAUGUUUCAGAUUUUCUAUCUCGCAAAAAAGUCAGUACACCAGUCGAGGAGGUUCUGUUGUCACCAUUCUUGCAAACUCAAAAACCUGAAGAGCUGGAAAAUGACGCCUGA